CUCUCGGAGCGAUUAACUCAGGGCCAGUCGACCACGCUAAUAGAUAAAUGCGUGCAAUGCGUAUCAUGCUGUGUCGGAAACACACACUGUGUGCACACUACUAGACGAUAGCCGUUGGAGUGAGCGAAAUACAAGAGUGAGAUAAAAAGAGAGGGAAAAUACUCGAGUGACGUUUCCGAAUGCAGCCUUACAGAAGCUAAAGUAGCUAAAUAGUUUAGCAGUUAACGUAUUCUCUCUUCAACAAAUAUUUUUUAUAAUGGCGACAAUAACGAGAUUGGCGAAAAUAAAUUUUAUUAGUAUACGUAUGUAUAGUUCCAAAGUGAAAUUAAAUGAUGUUGUUGUAAUCAGUGCUGUACGUACUCCAAUGGGCUCAUUCCUUGGAUCUUUAUCAAAAGUUUCAGCAACAAAACUUGGUGCAGUAGCUGUGCAGGCAUCUAUUGAAAGAGCUAAUAUUGCUAAAGAACAAAUUAAAGAAGUAUACAUGGGCAAUGUCUGCCAAGGUUUUCUAGGUCAAGCACCAGCAAGACAGGCUGUAUUAUUUGCAGGUCUUCCAAAGUCAACAAUAUGUACUACAGUAAAUAAAGUCUGUGCAAGUGGCAUGAAAAGUAUCAUGUUGGCUUCCCAGUCUCUACAGUGUGGCCAUCAAGAGAUUGUUCUAGCUGGUGGUAUGGAGUCUAUGUCUAAUGUACCAUAUUACUUAGCUCGUGGUGAAACAUCAUAUGGUGGAUUGAAACUUGAAGAUGGUAUUGUGUUUGACGGAUUGACUGACGUCUACAACAAAUGUCACAUGGGUAAUUGUGCUGAGAACACAGCUAAGAAAUUAAAUAUUUCUCGCCAGCAACAAGAUGAAUAUGCAAUCAGUAGUUACAAACGUAGUGCAGCGGCUUAUGAAAUUAAUGCAUUUAAAGAUGAAUUAGUAUCUGUCAGUGUGCCUCAGAAGAAGAGUAAACCAGCUGUAAUUUUCAGUGAAGAUGAGGAAUAUAAAAAGGUCAACUUUGAGAAAUUUUCCAAAUUGAGCACUGUUUUCCAGAAAGAUAACGGCACAGUUACCGCUGGAAAUGCAUCUACGUUAAAUGAUGGAGCUGCCGCAUUAGUUUUGACGACUAGCGAGAUUGCUCAGAAAUUGAAUCUCAAACCUCUAGCUAGAAUUGUCGCUUUCCAAGACGCGGCAACGGAUCCUAUAGAUUUCCCAAUUGCACCAGCUCUUGCGGUGCCAUCACUACUUCAAAAUGCUGGAGUUAAUAAAAACGACAUAGCUCUUUGGGAAAUCAAUGAAGCAUUCAGCGUAGUAGCUGUAGCAAAUCAAAAAUUACUCGAUAUCGAUCCUACUAAAGUAAAUGUUCAUGGUGGAGCUGUUUCGCUUGGACACCCUAUAGGCAUGUCGGGCGCACGUAUUGUAGUACACUUGGUGCAUGCUCUUAAAACUGGAGAAAAAGGUGUUGCAUCAAUUUGUAAUGGAGGCGGAGGUGCGUCAUCGAUCUUGAUUGAGAAAUUGUAAAUUUGUAAAUGACAAACAUAGCUUUGCCAUUUUAUAAAACUUAAUUUUUAAUGAUGUAUGUUUGUUUAUUGGGACAAUCGCCGAGAUAAUAUUGAUAGAUGGAGUGUAUGAAAAAUACGAAUUAUUUUUAUACUAUGAGAUGUUAUAUUCAUGUUAUUUUAUUUUUUUAAUAUAAAUAUAAACAUGUAUAUAAAUAUUUUA